ACAACACCUUCUUCGAUCCCUCAUAUCCAUCUCUUAGAUACCUAAAAAAAAAGCUCAUUUUCUCAACCUACCUCCAAACCUCUCACAAUCCAUCUUCAACCAACUCCAUUCCCUCUUCCAACAAUAGGUAACCUCACUAUAACUCGGCACAGCAUGCCCCACCAACCCCAACCCACCUUCCUCCCAACGACACAAUAAUCAAUCCUCCUUCCUCCCAACCACGACCACCCACCGAAAAAAAAAAAUGUUCAUCACCAAAUCCCACCUCCGCCGCAUAACCUCCCACAACACUUCCCACCUCACCACCCCCCAUCUCCUCCUCUCCGAAAUCUCCGGCUCCCUCGGAGACUUAGGCACCCUCCUCCCCCUCCUCCUCGCCCUCUCCCUUCAAGGGAGUAUCGACCUGCCCUCCACUUUAAUCUUCUCCGGUCUAUUCAACAUCGCCACCGGCUUCAUCUUCGGCGUGCCAUUGCCGGUGCAGCCUAUGAAGGCCAUCGCUGCCGCGUCACUUGCUUCUUCCCCUUCUCCGGGAUUGGGCACGACGGUAGCGGCGGGCGCAUGGGUUGGUUUUGCUGUGCUACUGUUGGGAGGGACGGGAGGACUAAAGAGGGUGAUGAGGUGGGUGCCGGGGGCGGUGGUGAGGGGAGUGCAAGUGGGUGCUGGGCUGAGUUUGGUGGUGGCGGCGGGGGGUGGGAUGGUUAGGCCGUUGGGGUGGUGGUGGACGCCAGAAGAAGAAAAUGGGCAUGGGGAUGGGGAUGGGGGGAUAGGGAGGUGGUUGGAUAGUAGGGCGUGGGCCGUGUUGGCUUUUGGGGGGUUGGUGGUUACGUUGGGGCAGCAGCAACAGUCUGGACCAAAGGGGAGGAGGAGGAUGCCGGUGCCGUACGCGUUGGUGUUGUUUUUGGUUGGGCUGGUGUUUGCCGUGGUGAGAGUUUCUCUGUCCAAGGACUCUCCUGAUCAACCACCACCCUACGACGAACCGACCAACUCAUAUUCCUGGACAUGGAUCUGGAACCCCCUUCACCACAUCCACCCCGAAGUCUUCCACUCCCUACUCAAUCCGCAAGCUCUAAGCAUGGCACUCGCCCAGCUCCCUCUGACAACACUCAACUCCAUAAUUGCCGCUUCAGCGCUCGCAUCCGAUCUCUUCCCUCGGUCCUCCUAUCCCCAGCUAUAUGAUGAUGAGCCCUCCUCUAACCCAGCAGCCUCUAACCCCCCAGCCUCUGACCUAGCCUCCUCCGACCCAUCCCCAUCCUCCUCCUCCUCCUCCUCCUCUUCGCACUCAUCCUCCUCUUCCACAUCAUCACCAAAAAGCUCCAGCUCCUCAAAAGAAGGUCCAGUCCCCCUAACCCCGCUCUCCCUCUCCAUCAGCCUGAUGAACCUCCUCUCCGCCCCCUUCGGCUGCAUGCCCCUCUGCCACGGCUCCGGCGGACUGGCCGCCCAACACCGCUUCGGUGCUCGAAGCGGGACUUCCAUCAUCUUUUUGGGAACUCUCAAAUUCCUACUCGGGUUAUUUUUUUCUUCUGGAACAACAGGGUUAUUGUUGAGGAUCCUAGAAAAAUUCCCGAGGGCGUUUUUGGGAGUCAUGGUUUUGGGUGCGGGGGUGGAGUUGGGGAGGGUUGGGGUAAGGAGUGUGGAAGGAGGAGAAGAGGAGGACAGGAUGGUGAUGUUGAUGACUGCGGGGACGAUUUUGGCGUUUAGGAAUGAUGGGGUUGGGUUUUUGGCGGGGAUGGGGUGUUAUGGGGGGUAUAGGGUUGCUGGGUGGUUGGGUGGUGGGAAGGAGAUAGGGAGGGAAGAGGAGCGGGGGCUGUUGAACGAUGAAGGGGUUGUUGAUGAGGAGAGUCCGCUUUUGAGGUGAGAUGGGGGGAGUUGGUUUUAGGAUAUUGAGGUGUGCACGGUGAUGCGAAUAGUCUGCAGCUCGAAUUUCGUUUGCGGUGGUUUGACAGACACCCUUGGAUUACAGUUGUCUUUACACUUCAUGU